CUGCUGGAGCGGAGCCCCUGCCUGCCUCUCUGACCCCUGCCCUACGUGGGGGCUCAGCCGGCUGGGGAGGACCUUGUCGCACAGCGUCCCAGCGGAGCCCUUCGCCGGCCACCGUCCCCUUCCCUCCCUUUCUGCCUGUUUCUGGGUUGUAAGCCCUACUCAGAGUAGACCCAUUGAAGUUGGAGAACCUAAGUUAGUUAUGACAGUGAACUUCAGUGGGUCUACUUCUGAGGAGGACUAGCAGUUGAAUACCACCCUGAGCCUCUUGGGGCAUGGAUCUCUGUCUUCUCUCUUCCUUUCUUUAAUAACAACAACAAUAAGAAUAAGAGUAAUGCCCCUGUAAGUGGAGGCUGCUUGAAUGAAUUGCUGCUACUACUACGGGGUGGCCGUUUUAAAAACAGGAGUAGCCCUUCCUGAAAGAUGCACGGGCAGACUUAAGACGCAACCCAGUGCAUGUUUACUCAGAUGUAAGCUGCACUGGGGUCAAUGGGACUUACUCCCAGGAAUGUGAAGCUGGAAACACAAUGGAUCCAUUAUCAGGGAUCAGAUCAAUUGAUGUUAGUGUGGAGGGAAUGACAUGCAAUUCUUGUGUACAGACUGUUGAGCAGCAUAUUGGAAAACUAAAUGGGGUUCACUAUAUUAAAGUUUCACUGGAAGAUAAGAAGGCAGCCAUUAUUUAUAAUACCAAAAAGCAGACUCCAGAGUCUCUACAGGAAGCUAUAGAUGACAUGGGAUUUGAUGCUACUCUUGCUAACGAAAACCCACAACUUGUUUUACCAGAUACCAUUUUUCUUACAAUACCUGCUCAGUCAUCACUAACAUGUGAAGAUAUCCGUACCACCCUCCUGCAAACCAAGGGCAUCUUAGAUGUGAAAAGUUCCUCUGACAAAAAAUCUCUAGUUGUAACAUUUGUCUCUUCUAUUAUAAAUGGCAAGGAGAUUAACCAAAUAGUGCCAGGAUUAAGUUCAGAUAAUGCAACACAGGAAAGAAAUCCAGGAACAUUUGAAGAUUCACGUUUCUCCCAAGCAAGUGAUGUUGUAAUGAAGCUGAAAGUAGAGGGAAUGACCUGCCAUUCCUGCACUAGCACCAUUGAAGGAAAGAUUGGGAAGCUGCAAGGGGUCACACGAAUUAAAGUCUCCCUGGACAAUCAGGAAGCUGUGGUGGUGUAUCAGCCUCAUCUCAUCACAUCAGAGGAAAUAAAAGACCAAAUAGAAGCUGCCGGUUUCAUAGCAUCAAUAAAGAAGCAGCCUAAACCCCUCAAACUUGGUGCUAUUGAUAUAGAACGACUGAAGAACACCCCCCCCAAAUGCUCAGACAAUGUUCCACAAGAAACUCCAGAGGACACACUCAGUUUAAAGACUGUAAUAUUCCGGGUUGAUGGCAUGCACUGUAAUUCAUGUGUCUUCAAUAUUCAGAGUAGCAUAUCAGCACUCCCCUCAGUCACUAGCAUCACAGUUUCUUUAGAGGAAAAAUCUGCCACUGUAAAGUACAACCCCAGCCUAAUCAGCCUCAAUGCACUGAGGAGAGCCAUAGAAGCAGUAUCCCCAGAGACUUUUAAGGUCAGCCUUUUUGAUGCACAUGACAAUGCUGGUCCUCUGAACGCACCCAGAUCUCCAGUGAAAUCUUCUUCAGGAGCUGGCAGUACCAACAUGCAUCAUCCCUUGAUUCAUGUCACUGUGAUAAAUAUAGAAGGAAUGACCUGCAAUUCUUGUGUGCUGUCGAUUGAGGGAGUAAUUUCCCAAAAGCCAGGUGUGAAUUCAAUUCAUGUGUCACUUCUGAACCAUAAUGGGACUAUAGAAUAUGACCCCAUGCAGACCUCUCCAGAUGACUUAAGAAAUGCCAUUGAGGAUAUGGGUUUUGAUGCAUCCUUCACAGGACCCCGAAGCACAGAACCUUUAGUGCUAAUAACUCAGCCCUCACAGGAAAGGCUGGCAGAAUCUCAGGACAGAAAACUCUCCAAAGUGGAAGCUCGUGCCACCUUAUCCCCUGCCCACAAUAAGCAGGAUACCAAGGCACCUUUAAAGUGCUACAUUCAAGUCACUGGCAUGACAUGUGCUUCCUGUGUGGCAAACAUUGAAAGGAAUCUGAAGAGAGAAAAUGGAAUACAUUCUGUACUUGUUGCCCUGAUGGCUGGGAAGGCAGAAGUGAGGUAUAACCCUUCAAUCAUCCAGCCGCCAGCUGUAGCAGAAUUGAUUAGAGAAUUGGGAUUUGGUGCGACAGUUCUGGAAAAUUACGACGAAGGAGAUGGCGUCCUGGAGCUUAUUGUGAGAGGAAUGACAUGUGCCUCGUGUGUUCACAAAAUAGAAUCCACACUUAUGAAAACAAAAGGGGUUCUGUACAGUUCUGUGGCUCUUGCAACAAAUAAAGCACACAUCAAGUAUGAUCCUGAGAUAGUUGGCCCUCGAAAUAUUAUACGGAUUAUAGAGAAUUUAGGGUUUACUGCUGAUUUAGUGAAGAAAGAUAGAUCUGCUAGUCACUUAGAUCACAAGCAGGAAAUAAGGCAAUGGAAACGGUCCUUCCUUGUAAGCCUAAUAUUCUGCAUUCCUGUAAUGGGGCUAAUGAUUUACAUGAUGAUUGUGGACAGCCAGAUGUCAGCCAUGUAUAAGGGUGUGAACAUGACCGAAGAAGAAAUGGAAGCAUAUCAUUCAUCAAUGUUUUUGGAGCGUCAGAUCUUUCCUGGAUUGUCUGUUAUGAAUUUCAUCUCCUUCUUAUUGUGUGUCCCUGUACAGAUAUUUGGAGGCUGGCAUUUCUACAUUCAAGCAUACAAAGCGCUGAAGCACAAGACUGCCAAUAUGGAUGUGCUGAUUGUGUUGGCGACCACCAUUGCUUUUGUUUACUCCGUCGUUGUUCUUCUGGUUGCAAUGGCUGAGAGGGCAAAGGUCAACCCUGUGACUUUCUUUGACACACCACCGAUGCUCUUUGUAUUCAUUGCGUUGGGGCGAUGGCUAGAGCAUGUAGCAAAGGGUAAAACAUCAGAAGCCCUUGCAAGACUAAUUUCACUACAAGCAACAGAAGCAACUAUUGUUACUUUAGGUCCAGACAACAUCCUCUUGAGUGAAGAGCAAGUUGAUGUUGAACUGGUUCAGCGGGGUGACAUUGUCAAAGUGAUUCCAGGAGGCAAGUUUCCAGUGGAUGGUCGUGUUAUAGAAGGACAUUCUAUGGUGGACGAAUCACUCAUCACAGGCGAAGCAAUGCCCGUGACCAAAAAACCUGGCAGCACAGUCAUUGCAGGUUCUAUUAAUCAGAAUGGAUCACUGUUGAUCUCUGCAACCCAUGUUGGAUGUGACACAACUCUCUCUCAGAUUGUCAAACUUGUGGAAGAAGCACAAACAUCCAAGGCUCCAAUUCAGCAGUUUGCAGACAAACUUAGUGGUUAUUUUGUUCCUUUUAUUGUUGGUGUUUCUGUGGUAACACUUUUUGCCUGGAUAGUGAUCGGAUUUGUCAAUUUUGAAAUUGUGGAAACCUAUUUUCUUGGAUACAACAAGAGCAUUUCCAACGCUGAAGUGAUAAUCCGCUUUGCGUUCCAAGCCUCCAUCACCGUGCUCUGUAUUGCUUGCCCUUGUUCUUUGGGAUUAGCAACCCCGACAGCUGUGAUGGUGGGCACUGGGGUAGGAGCACAAAAUGGCAUCUUGAUCAAAGGUGGAGAACCCUUGGAGAUGGCGCACAAGGUUAGAGUUGUGGUGUUUGAUAAGACAGGGACCAUCACCCAUGGGACUCCAGUGGUGAUGCAGGUGAAGAUGCUAGUGGAGAGUAACUGGAUGCCGCGCAAUAAGAUUUUGGCACUAAUAGGAACCGCAGAGAGCAACAGUGAGCACCCUCUGGGAGCAGCUAUUACAAAAUACUGCAAACAGGAAUUGGACACAGACACCCUUGGAACAUGUACUGAUUUUCAAGUAGUCCCCGGCUGUGGCAUUAGCUGUAAAAUCUCUAAUAUUGAAGCCCUGCUGUACAGCAGGAGUGAGACAAUUGAAGAGAACAAUGUCAGAAAUGCAGCCCUUGUGCAAAUGGAUGAGAAGACUGAGGAACUGUUGCAGCCUGCCUUGAUUAUUGAUGAGCAGUUGCCAACCACACGGAGUACUCACAAGUAUUCUGUUCUAAUUGGAAACCGGGAGUGGAUGUCCAGAAAUGGUCUGCUUGUCAAAAAUGAUGUUGAUAAUGCCAUGAUGGACCAUGAACGUCGAGGUCGCACUGCGGUUCUUGUGGCUGCAGAUGGAGAACUCUGUGGCUUGGUAGCUAUUGCUGAUACUGUGAAACCUGAAGCAGAGCUGGCAGUUCGUACUUUGGAGGCUAUGGGCUUAGAAGUCGUUCUGAUGACUGGUGAUAACAGCAAAACAGCUAGGUCUAUUGCCUCUCAGGUUGGCAUCACUAAGGUGUUUGCUGAAGUGCUUCCCUCCCACAAGGUUGCCAAAGUGAAACAACUGCAGGAGGCAGGGAAACGGGUAGCAAUGGUGGGGGAUGGGAUCAAUGAUUCCCCUGCUCUUGCCAUGGCUAACGUUGGAAUUGCCAUUGGCACAGGCACAGACGUCGCCAUUGAAGCAGCAGACGUGGUUUUGAUUAGGAAUGAUUUGCUGGAUGUGGUGGCAAGUAUAGAUUUAUCACGGAAGACUGUUAAAAGGAUACGAAUCAACUUUGUCUUUGCCCUCAUUUACAAUCUUGUUGGAGUUCCUAUAGCUGCUGGCAUCUUCCUUCCAGUUGGUUUGGUUCUGCAGCCUUGGAUGGGCUCGGCAGCAAUGGCGGCUUCUUCAGUUUCUGUUGUGUUGUCUUCACUGCUGCUAAAAUUCUACAAGAAACCUUCCUAUGAGAAAUAUGAACGCCAUGCCCACAGCCAGAUGAGGCAGAAGAGCCCUUCAGAUAUCAGUGUCCACAUUGGAAUUGAUGAAACUGGGCCAAGAUCCCCAAAACUGACCCUCGUGGACCGAAUUGUCAAUUACAGCCGAGCCUCGAUCAAUUCCCUCUUCUCUGACAAGCGAUCCCUCAGCAGCAUCGUUCUCAGUGAGCCAGAUAAGCACUCCCUCCUAGUUGGGGACUCCCGGGAGGAAGAUGACACAGUUCUCUGAGAGCUGCUUUGGAUGGAGGACUUGGACUGUCUUCCUGCACUGAUCUGCUCUGGAGACUGGCCUGCUGAGCUGGGCCUUGAAUAGGUUGAAUCGUGUUUUACUUACUCAGCUGAACAGGGCAAUUCCCUCCCUCCCCCCCAAAUAUAUUCACUUCAAACUCAGAGGUAGGUAGUUGCUGUACGACUUUGCCAUUAACAAGCCAGAGCCCACCCAAGAUCAGCAGUCCAAGCCAGAGCAUGCACAGGAAGUCAAAUGCAGAGCAAUAGCACUGAGUUGCUGGGAUCAUGGAAAGAGAGUCACCAGCACAUGGGUUCUAGGCCACUUCUUUGCAUGUAGUGUGCCCUUUUUUUAGAGUGUGAAUGAGUGCAGAUAGAAUUGCAACUAGAAACUAUGACAUUUUUUGCAAACCAGAUGUGCCUUAUUCUGGAACAGUCUUGGUUUUCUUACCUUCAUAAUUUGCUACAUAUAAAAUGUCAUGCUUUAGAAAAUGCCACAUCACAGGUUUUCCCAUGAUUUGAAAAAAAAAGUUCCCAUUAUUUGUUUCUCCUCCCCACCCCCUUGCAGAACUAUAGACUCUCCAUACACCCCUCUGAGGCUGUUAGUGAGAAGGGCACUCUCAAAUAUAUACAGUGAGUUCAGAAGAUCCACUUUUUCCACAGCCUCUACCACAUAAAAAAGUGAGGUGUCAGAGCUAUGUCUCAUGCUACUUUUUCUUACUUCUGGAGAAACAGAUCUACGUCUCUGAAACAUUGUAAAGAUGUGAUCUGAGAUGCAGGCUGGUCAGUAGAUAUAUGUUUGAGAGUUCAGAGUUAAAGGAUGUGCCUCCUCCAACAAUUUCAGGUUGCCUCCCUUCUUGCACUUUGAGUGUCUUUUUAUAAAAAGCAAUCCUGAGCUUUCUUUAUUCACUCUGACAAUCUCAAGAAAUCUUGGAAAGUCAUGUUUUUAUUUUACUUUUCAUGUUGAUGAACUCAAAAUUGUCCCAAUUAUUGCAAAGCUACUCCUGCAGUUAAGUGGCAUGGCCUGCUGGUUGGGGCUGGUGGAAGUGGUAGUCCAAAACAUCUUGAUGGCAUAAAGUUGGGGAAGGCUGUGCUAAGCCAAAGCACAGGGUCCAGACCCCUCUAUGCAAAGUGCAGCAUUAUUUGUUAUAUUAUGAAAUUUUAGAAAAAAUGUAAAUGCCCUCCACGGAGAGAAAUUGGUACUUGGCACGCCCACAUUUCUCAACAGGUUUGCAGAUCAGAAGAGUCUAGAUUUUAAUCCUUUAUUGUAAAAACUUGUCUUAUUGAUUUUUAAACAGUAGUUGAAGGAGUACAUUGUAGAGUUUUUUAACCGGAUGAUGGAAGCAUUAUUUUUUGUUUAUAGUAUUUAAAGUAGUGAGAGAGGACCAACAUUCAGGAAAUACCAGGGCUUUUGUUGUUAAACUGUGUAGGUAUGUUGAUGCACCAAUUUUAGUCAUCCUUCAUUCUCCUCCUAAAGCCAUACGUGGGGGGAAAGUAGGCCAAACUGCAUCUCUUUGAAGCCUGUUUCCCUGAAGUCAUGAUGACACACUAAAAGUGCAGGCACCAUGUGGAUCAGUGAAAAUUCACUGCCAGGGAAGUAAGACAUGAUCUGACUCAGGAUCUUAUCACUCUCUGCAGCACACACACACCAGACAGGUCUGUCCCAGGUGCAAGGAACAUUGGCUUAAUCUGUUUCCACCUACUCCUUUUCAUUACCACUCAACUCCUGGCCACUCUCUCCCGCUCUCCGGCCUCAGUGUGACUCAAGAGUCUGGGUUUACCAGAAAAGAGAAUAGGGGGCUGGCUGCAGGGGAAGACUAAUAGUUAAAUACCCCCUCCUGUUGGCUCCCCCCCCCCACUCCCUGGCAUGUUGGAGGCCAGUGCUGGGUCUGCGUUAGCCAUCAGGCGACUGGCUCGAGUGCCCUGUGCCUUUUAGCAAACAGCUUGUGCAUUUUAUCAUGUUCUUAUGAGAAAUUGCUAAUGCCUGGCAACUCUUAGAAAAACAUAUAAGUAGGUAAAUUGUGUUGUCUUAAAAUGUUCAAACUGAAAAUGUUUCUAAGAGUGCAGCUUUGAUGACUGUGGAACCAUAUAGUGGAACCACAACAGUGGCUAGAAUGAUUGUUGAAAUAUCUUUACUAUCAUGUUGCAGACAAUUUUUUAAAAUUCCACAACAAGUAAUUACAAUCAAGAUGGAAAGGCUUUGAGAUUUUUUUGUUUACAAAAUGCUUUCCCACUUUUGAUCUCCAUGAAACAGAAAUCCUGGAAGCAAAUAACAUUUCUCCAUCUCACAGUUCUGACCUUGGAAGUUAUAUUCCCCCAGUAAAUCAUGCUUUAAAUAUUCUUUUGAAAUAGAAUACAAUUUUUCACUUAAGGAUAUUUUAGGGACCCUUUCUGUUAGAAUCAGCUAGAGCAGGGGCCAGCGAUGGCUUCCCUCUGAGGACAAAUACUUUAAAUGGCGUGUAAGUUGGGACACCUUUUACCUGUCCUACAUAAGCAUCUGCCUCACCUGCCUGCAGCAUACUUUGCAGCCAACAUUGAAAUAAAGGGCCAUCGGCCUCCUGGCCUGGCACCUCAUGGGAAUUUUACUCAUAUGGUAGCUCGAUUUCAGUUCAUAUUUGUUACCUAUUAGAUAGCUUGAUUCUAGGGGAUGUGUUGGAGCUUUUCCUUCUGGAACAAGGAUUACAGGGCAAAUGCUUGUGCUGAAAUGGGCUUAGCCAAGUGCAGAAAGUAGUGAGCUGCCAUAUGGAAUGCUGCAGUCAGUCAGCUCUGUGACCCUCAGACCCCGCGGGGGUGGAUGUUUGUAUUGUUUGAGGCUAAUAAAAAUUGGUAAAAACGAUUAUGCACUUUCCCCUUUGUAAAAAAAACCCUGAAAUCUUUUGAUCAAGUAUUUACUGGAUUUAGGCUGUCAAAUUAUAUUACUCAUUCACAUGGCAUUGAUGAAGUGUGCCUCAUUUUAGUCGGCUGAACUGAGAAAUGUGGCGUACAAUCUGAACAUUUACCAGUUGAUUUGAAAUUCAGAAUUGUAUACCCCAGUGCAGAAAAUCUCCUCCCUGCAAAGAAAAUCCCCUCCCAUUCCAUUUCUAUGUUGUAUAACUUUAUGUGAUUUGCUAACCUUUUUAGAAUGUUCAUCAUCAUACAUUGUGAAUAAUAUUUUAUACUUGGCUUUAAUUCAAAGAACCAAAAUUGCUUUACUGUCUUGAAUGUAUGUUGUUCAUAUAAAAAUGUGCUCUGCCUGUAAAUAGCUUUGUUUCCCAUCUUGAGCACACUUCAUUUAUUGAGAGUUCUAUGUUACCAUUUGUGUGUUAAAACAUCAAAAUCUGGCUGCAGAAAAAGCUAUGCAUUUAUAUUUAAAUUUAUUUAUUUAUUGCUAUUUUCCACUGUUAGGUUCAUGUAAGACUUCUGCUUUACUUAAAUUAUUAGCCAAAAUGUGCAUCCAGACAGACAUACAUGCAAGACAGGGCUUUGCUUUCCUGCAGUUACAUAAGACGGACUGGCUAGCAAAUUGAAUACUGAUUCAGUCAUCUCUCUCGCUCCUUCCUCCCUGUGCUUCAAGCUGGAUGUCCACCUUUUUAUUAAAGCACUGCAUGUGCAUUUAUUCAAUUAAA